GGUGGCCACGGACCACAACGCGGACAACACGUCGGCCGUGCUGCGCGAGUGGCUGGUGGCCGUGAAGAGCCUGUACCACUCCGUGGAGUGGCGGCCCGCGGAGGAGCCCAGGUCCUACCCGGACGAGGAGGGCCCCAAGCACUGGUCGGACGCCCGCUAUGAGCACGUCAUGAAGCUGCGGCAGGCCGCUCUGAAGGCCGCGCGGGACAUGUGGGCCGACUACAUCCUGUUCGUGGACGCCGACAACCUCCUGGUGAACCCCGACACGCUGCGCCUGCUCAUCGCCGAGAACAAGACGGUGGUGGCGCCCAUGCUGGACUCGCGGGCGGCCUACUCCAACUUCUGGUGUGGGAUGACGUCCCAGGGCUAUUACAAGCGCACGCCCGCCUACAUCCCCAUCCGCAAGCGGGAGCGCCAGGGCUGCUUUGCCGUGCCCAUGGUGCACUCCACCUUCCUGGUGGACCUGCGCAAGGCUGCGUCCCGGAACCUGGCCUUUUACCCUCCCCACCCCGACUACACGUGGUCCUUCGACGACAUCAUCGUCUUCGCCUUCUCCUGUAAGCAGGCAGAGGUGCAGAUGUACGUGUGCAACAAGGAGGUGUACGGCUUCCUGCCGGUGCCGCUGCGGGCGCACAGCUCGCUGCAGGACGAGGCCGAGAGCUUCCUGCACGUCCAGCUGGAGGUGAUGGUGAAGCACCCACCCGUGGAGACCUCUCGGUUUAUCCCUGCGCCCACCAGGACGCCGGACAAGAUGGGCUUUGACGAGGUCUUCAUGAUCAACCUGAGGCGGCGCCAGGACCGGCGGGCGCGCAUGCUGCGGGCGCUGUGGGAGCAGGAGAUCGAGGCCCGGCUGGUGGAGGCGGUGGACGGCAAGGCCAUGAACAGCACUCAGGUGCAGGCGCUGGGCAUCCAGAUGCUGCCCGGCUACCGCGACCCCUACCACGGGCGGCCGCUCACCAAGGGCGAGCUGGGCUGCUUCCUGAGCCACUACCGCGUGUGGACGGAGAUCGCCGAGCGGGGGCUGCAGAAGUCGCUGGUGUUCGAGGACGACCUGCGCUUCGAGAUCUUCUUCAAGCGGCGCCUGAUGAACCUCAUGCAGGACGUGGAGCGCGAGCGGCUGGACUGGGACCUCAUCUACGUGGGCCGGAAGCGGAUGCAGGUGGAGCGCCCCGAGAAGGCCGUGCCGCGCGUGCGGAACCUGGUGGAGGCCGACUACUCCUACUGGACGCUGGCCUACGCCGUGUCCCUGCGCGGCGCCCGCAAGCUGCUGGCCGCGCGGCCGCUGGCGCGGAUGCUGCCGGUGGACGAGUUCCUGCCCGUCAUGUUCGACAAGCACCCGGUGGGGUCGCGUGGGGGGCCCGGGGCGGCCGUCCUUCCCGCGGAGCGAGCGUCAGCGUGGAGACGGCGGGCCCGGGACCUGCUUAUUUUUGUAUUAAAUGUU